GAAGCUGUGCUGAUUUAGGCCUGAAAUUAGUCCCUUCUGACCUCUUUCUCCUUUUGUAAGCUUCGAGCGGUCUAGAGGCUGAGAGCAGCUAUGCUGUAAAUUCCUCCACCUGUGAGCCAACACGUGUGCUGAAGACAUGAUCUGCGCCUGAACACACGUAGGUGCGACACGGAGCAGGAGAAGUGCGGGUCCGGAGUGCUGCGGCUGAACGUUGACCACCCACAUGGAGACUGACACGAUAAUACCAAUCUGGCAGAAUAAGCCGCACGGCUCGACCCGCAGUGUGGUUCGCAGGAUCGGCUCCACGCUACCCCUUAAGCCUUGUCCCCGCGCUUGUUUCCAGGUUCUCCCUGGACUCCCCCCACUGCGGCCCACGGAUGGACCCCUUGUGCCCACUCUGGCUGACAUUGCUUGGAUCGCCUCCGAUGAGGAGGAGACGUAUGCCAGAGUGAGGAGUGACACGCGCCCCUUGCGACAUGAGUGGCGCCCCACGCCCCUGCUGGUCCUCCACAGGAAUUCCUCUGUGCCCAACUUCCGUCGCGAAGGCAAGAAGAUGGAGGGUCUGAAGAAGCCGGGCGUGACGGCGCUGAAUCGGACCACAGCGCUGCAGGAGGAGCUGAGCCGGCUGCGGGCGCAGAUUGCCAAAAUCGUGGCCUCUGACUCUGGCUCCACCCCGCUGACCCCUGAUCUCCUGUCCCCGGACGAUACCAGCAUGAGCUUCUCCAUGACCCCAUUUGAGGCUGUACCUUACCAGCCCACUGCAGCCUCCUUCGUCAUCAGCGACGUCACUGAGGAGGAGGAGGAGGAGGAGGAGGAAGAUGACGAGGAUGACGUGGUGGCUGAAGUGUCUGAGCUGGUGCCUGAUCCCGUCCCACCCGUCUCCAUGACAGCUUCAGCAACCUUUGACCUGGAACGCCCUGCAAUUGACUUCAGGGAAGUAGAGGAGGACACAGUGUCCCUGUCCAAGUCCACAAGCUUCGCUGACGUUACGGACAUCCUCAGGGACAUGAACCGUAUGAAGAUGAGCAAAGACAGGUACAACCGCGGCUGCACCUCCCUGAGGGACGAGGACUCUGCCUCCCUUAUCUCUGAGGCUCUGAGGAAGAAGUUUGCCUUGAGGGAAGAAGACCUCAGUGCGAAAGAGAAGUAGCGCCCUGCUCUAUCCGCUGCGCCUGCCACCCGCUCCCCUCCCGCUCCGCUUGUUCCCCUGGACCCUGUUUCCAUGGAUACCCCACCAGGUUGUGACAUGACCAUUCCUCCUCACUGCGCUAUCCUCAACUCCGUGGGAUAGACAACACUCCUGUCCUGCUGUAGGAUGCUCAGGCUGCAGUUACCUUUCAGCUUCAGGGCUGACCCUCGCUGCAGUUCCAUCCUCGUCUACUGCGAUGCUGUCCCCUACAGGCUGGGACUAAAUGACAGAGUUGUCGAACUCCUGCCCACAUCCCUCACGCCCCCGAUCCUGGACUCCUGCUCCAUGUGGUCCAAACACUUCACAGCGGUUGGUGACAGUGACAGGCACUGAAAUGAGACCAGAGGGCUUGGUUGACAGAUGAACUGUUGUGCAUGUUUUUCCUGGAAAAUGUAAAAAUCUCCCCCCCUUGUUAAGCCAGAGCUUGUUUUGUCCCACAUUACCUCUAAAAUAUGAAAAGACCAGACUAAACAAAUUUCCCUCAGCGGGGAGUGUGUAACAGUGGAUGGGCUGUUUGCUCGUCAGUUCUUUAAGUUCCUUUGUCCUUUAGUUAAUGACUUAGCAUUUGACGUGCUGAGCUGCACACGGUGGCAUUGCACACAGAUGGUUCCUCAUUAACCCUCCCCCUGUGUGUGUGUGUGUGUGUGUGUGUGUGUGUGUGUGUGUCUGUACCGUGUUCUACCAGGGUAGAUGAGCUCCGGAACCAACAACCAGCAGCAUGUUGGUUCCUCUAGUUAACAUUCUGUAAGAUAGCGGGCAGAUGAUCUCCAUAUGAGCGGUCUGCACUGUUGGUGUAUUAUGUGUACCUCCUGAAAUAUGUAAAUUGUGUUGACAGGAGAAUAAUAAUGUUGCUGAGGGAAAAGGGGGUGUCAGAUGAGAGCUGGCUGAUUUGCACAUGUACUGUACAAUGUGAAUUGUCACUUAAGGAGUGCUGUUACUUUGCUCAAGCUUGCCUUCACUGAGGGGGGAGCCGCAGGUGUGGCUGCAGUCUUGUGAAAAGCGCCCCCUAUUGGUGUGUGGUGCUAAGGAAAAUGCAGAGCCGAUCCCUUCCCCUUAACGCCUUAUUGUGGUCUUUAUGGCAUGUUGAAACAUUGCCUUUCUGCCUUCUUCCUUACCAAGUAUACAGUUAACAAGCAUUUUUUCUGGCCUGCCUUUAAACCAGUUAAACCAGUACCUGCUUGCCUUUAAACUAGUACCCAUCUUUAAGCCAGUCCACACUUUGGAGAGCUGCCCAUACAGACAGACAGCCAGCCAGAUGGCUCAGUGUCAUGGAUGUUGAGCUUCUUUCAGUCCACUGCUCACUGGCCACCUUCUCGCUUCAAAAGAGCUGCUCCCUUCUGGGGCCAAAAGCAUCUUGAGUUUAUGUCACGAUCCGAUGUUUGAGUAGCACUAGAACAUUAUUAUUAUUAUUAUUAUUAUUGCUGAGUUGCAUUGCUAGCUUUGUGGGAUAGAGGUGGGGAGAUGUCCUGAGGUGGACAUGUUUUGUUCUGUUGCUGCCAGGGUUUCCAGUGACGCCCCUCUCAUGCCUUUUUUUUUUUUUUCUUUUUUUUUUCUUUUUUUUGUGUGUGUGUUCUUGUCUUGUCCUCCUCAGAUGUUUUGUGUCCUUGGCGGUUCACACUUCAGGACCCCUCAUCUUGUCUGAGUUCAGUAGAGGGGCGGACACAGUAAGAGUGUUGACAGACUGGAGUUCAGCGGGGGCUUUGCUGAGCUCAUCCUCCCCAUAGUAUGUAAUCCUAGAGUCCGUGAUGUUGAGCGGCUUGCGUCUUUUCAUCAUUCCAAAGCAAGCGUGCUCGCCUGGCAUGCAUAGCUCUUUUUUCCCCUGUUACAGGUGCAUAGCACCUCCUGUAGGGCAUCGCCUGUUACUCUGCUCUUAGGGGCUCUGAGAGUGAAGUCAGUGGUUUGUACACGCUGCACUUGCAGGAAUGGAGAAUUAUGUCUUUUUAGGUCUUGCAUUUAAAUAAUAAAAGUGGUCUCAUUAUUUAAACUUCCUCUGCUUACUUCCCCCCCUUUCUUGACAGAACAGUGACUUCGUGUUUCCAUCAAGUGUCUUAAUUGUGUGCUGGCAACUCUGUUCAUAUGUUAACACUCAGUGAUGCUGAAAUAUUUUAAGUUAAUAUGCAGUAUGUUUUAUUACAAUGGCACAGUUUAAGCUACAAUAUUAGUUAUCAAGUCACUAGUUUAUUUUACAAGAUCCCAAAUGCUGUUUGGGGAGUGAGUAGAAAUGCCUCGAUCUGCCACAAGGGGGCAGGAUAUUUAAUAUAGUGUGAAACUUAAGUAAAUAAGUAAAUUUCUCAGUCAGUGCAAGGGUUUUCCUAUUGGCUUCUUGAUGGUGCAGAAACUAAUUUUUUUUUCAAAAUUUUAUAAUUUUUGGGGUUUUGCAGAGUGAGCAGUGCUGGAUCGAUACCUGAUGGAGUGAGACUCAGAUCAUCUGUCUACACCUCUGUCUCUCUCAUGCUUGUGUCUUGGUGACCUAGACUGACAGUAGAAACUGUUACCUGUGUGUCCAGGACUGCACCUGCUGCACACAUGUUGUUCUCCGGUGAUGCGUCACUGUGCAGCUACUUAACCUCAUUCCUCGCUCAGGCCGAGCCGCUCCAGGCCACCUCCAGCUCGGGAAACUGUUUAACGCACACGGACGCGCGCACACGCGCCCACGUUCGUACAAGUCCUUGGCCUACUUCAGCGCUCCUCACCUCCGCGGAAAAGCCAAUCUUCCUAUUUUAGACGCAGGAAGCUCUCUGUAGGGCUCAUCCCAUAGCGCUCCGUGUCACAAUGUCGCCUUGUUAAAACUAUAAAUAAAGUACGCCAAGGUGACAGGGAGGCGCUGCCACCAUAAUCGAAAACACGUUUUGGUAUCUUGGGGCUGAUGCUGGUGAGCGGUUCCUGUCGCUUGGGUGGGUGGAGGUACUGAAACGGCACUGGACCCGAUGGAGCUGCAGUGGGGUGUCAAAGGAAAGGAGUUGAUUUCUGAGGAGAAUAAAUUGCAGCCCCAGAACAUGAGCGCUGGGGUCACUGUACAGUAACUAAUAUGACACUACAGUAGAGGUGCUUUCAGGUGUGUGUGACCAUAUGUGAGAUUGGCUUUUUUGGGACUGAGCUCGUAAGUUGUUUGUUGAUCGCAUGAAGUAGCCUGUCCAUCUGAC